AUGUCCAAGGAAAUGAUGCGCGCCAUCGUCAUGCACGAGAUCGGUGGGCCUGGAGUACUGAAGCUCCAGACGGUCCCCAAACCGAUCCCCACCGCCGGCGAAGUGCGCAUCCGCGUCAAAGCUUUUGGACUCAACCGAUCCGAGCUGUUCACUCGCCAGGGCCAUUCUCCCGGGGUGAAAUUCCCGCGUGUGCUCGGAAUCGAGGCAGCCGGGCUUGUCGACGAUGCCGCUCCAGAAUCAGGGUUUCACCAGGGGGAGGUAGUCGUCACCGCGAUGGGAGGGAUGGGACGUACCUUUGAUGGAGGAUACGCCGAAUACACAGUGGUACCCGCGAUCCAGGUGCGACGCAUCAACACGACCGCUGCAUUCGGGCCGGAUAGGCCUGUGCCAUGGGAUCUGCUUGGGGCCCUUCCUGAGCUUAUGCAGACAGCGUGGGGAUCGUUAGUGACCAGUCUUCAGCUGGGGUCCAACGAUCGACUGCUGAUACGGGGAGGAACCACCAGCGUAGGUCUGGCCGCUGCAACCCUCGCUCGAUCCCAGGGUGUCUCCGUCACUGUGACCACCCGGAACCCAGCGCGCAUCGAGUUUUUACGUGGACUCGGCAUUGACGACGUCAUUAUAGACAGCGGGUCGAUCCUUUCCGAGGUCCAAAAACGAAGCCCGUUCAGCAAGAUCCUCGAGCUGGUCGGAGUCACCACCUUGGAGGACUCCCUGCGAUGUGCAGCACCCGGUGGUACCGUCUGCAUGACGGGCAUUGCGGGCAACAAGUGGACCUUCGACCAGUUCACCCCCAUGGCCUCGAUUCCGACUUCGGUCAAAUUGACCACCUAUGCCAGCAGUACGGAAGCCCUCCUAAAAACGCCCCUCGAGGAAAUUGCCCGAGACCUGGCUGCGGGGAAGAUGCAGUUGCCCAUUAAGACCUUUCCGUUCGACGGCAUUGUGGAGGCACAUCGGUUGAUGGAGGAGGGUGCCUUGGCGAAGAUCGUCAUGUUAAUCUAG